GGGCACUACAAAUUACAUAACUACAGAGAGGGGUGAAUAAUUGAGUCCAUUAAUGUACUUUGCCAUAACCUUUUCCCAGUUCUAAACAAUUAUAAGUAAAUACCUAUAUAUACUUUUUAUUAACACAAAUGGUAGUAUGCUAUUGUUUCCACACUUUGCUUUCUUUUACUACUUUAUUAUCUAUUUCCAUUAAUACCUAAUGUCCCAUCAUCAGAUGUGUUCUAAAGAAAAUUAAAUGAGAGGAUUUUAAACCACACGUAUUCCUUCAUCCCAAGCAGGAGUGAGUCUUCUAAAUUAAUCCCAGAAUGGCUUCAACAGAGGAACAAGAUGGACUUAAGAUUGUGAAGGUAGAGGAAGACCCUAUCUGGGACCAAGAAACUUACCUUCAAGUGAACAACUUUUCUGGCCGGGAAGCCUACCGACAACUUUUUAGGCAGUUUUGUUACCAAGAGACUCCUGGUCCCCGAGAAGCGCUGAGCCGGCUCCGGGAACUCUGCCAUCAGUGGCUGAGACCAGAGACACACACCAAAGAGCAGAUCUUGGAACUGCUAGUGCUGGAGCAGUUCCUGACCAUCCUACCUGAGGAGCUCCAGGCUUGGGUGCGGGAGCACCAUCCAGAGAGUGGGGAGGAGGCGGUGGCUGUAGUUGAAGAUCUGGAGCAAGAGCUCAGUGAACCAGGGAGCCAGGCCCAAGAUCACAAACAUGAAUUUUCUAAAGGGCUCUCAGAGGAUGUGUUACCCCUGAAGGCCAAGCAAGAAUCAGCAGUCAUCCAGCUUCAGUCCAUGGUGACACAGCUCAAAUAUGAAUCUCUUGGCCUCCGCCAAUUUCAAGAACAAGGUGGUGAAACUAUAGCUGAGAACCAGAAGCUGGCAUCAAAGCAAGAAGUCCUUAAAAAAAUGGAACAUUUUGAGGACUGCAAACUCAAAAGUGAUGCUCCUUUAGAUUCUAAGUACAGAGAAACUUAUAAACAUGAGAUCACAGCAGGAGAAAAGCAGCGGGGACACUCCACUGGAGAGAGACGUCACAGGUGCAAUGAAUGUGGGAAAAGCUUUACUCAGAGUUCAGUCCUUAUUCAGCACCAGAGAAUCCAUACUGGGGAGAAGCCAUAUGAAUGUGAGGAAUGUGGGAAGGCCUUCAGCCAGAGGUCAGGCCUGAAUGAACAUCAGCGGAGUCACACUGGAGAGAAACCCUAUCAAUGUAAGGAGUGUGGAAAAGCCUUCAGUGCCAGCAAUGGCCUCAUUAGACACAAAAGAAUCCACACUGGGGAAAAGCCAUAUGAAUGCAAAGCAUGUGGGAAGGCUUUUCGCCUCAGCUCCUACCUUGUUCAGCAUCAGCGGAUACACACUGGAGAGAAGCGCUAUCAGUGUAACCAGUGUGGCAAAGCCUUCAGUCAGAAUGCGGGGCUUUUCCAGCAUCUUCGAAUCCACACUGGUGAGAAACCCUAUCAGUGCAGUCAGUGCAGUAAAAGCUUUAGUAGGCGGACACUCCUUAUGAAACAUCAGAGAAGCCACACAGGAGAGAGACCGUAUGAGUGCAAUGAGUGUGGGAAAGCCUUCAGUCACCACUGCAACCUUAUUAGGCAUUUUAGAAUCCAUGCUGUUGCAGAACUGGACUAAUUCUGUGGACUCUCAGGCCCCCAAAGUUAUCUUGGAAAUCAAAAUCUGACCAGAAUUUCAAAAAAGAGGAAAUAAAACUUCAGUUUAAAA